AUGAAGUUCGCUGAGAAGUUAAAACACAUGAAAGUAAAAUCAUGGGAAAAUAAAUACAUAGACUACAAGUUUUUAAAAAAAAUAAUAAAAAGAAAAUGUAAUCCUGAUAUAAGUAAUUUAUACGAAAGAAUUGAUAAGAAUAAUCAGGACGUUAAAGAAGUUUGCUUUUUAAUUAAUUCAGAAUAUAAACAUUCGAAUACUAAGGAGAAAAAGAAAAAAUCCGAUAUAGAAUGUAUAGAUAUAGAUUAUGAUUAUUUAUUUUUUUAUAUUUUAGAAGAUUAUAUCAAUAUGGUUAAGGAACAUUAUGCUAAAGAAUGUUGUUUUAUGACAGAAAAAUUAAAUGAAAUAAAAUAUUUUUUAGAAAGUGAUAAAAUUAAUCUUAAAGAAAUAGAAAUGCUAAAAACAAAAUGUUUACAUAUUUAUAAUUCUUUUGAUAUAUUAAAUAAUUAUUUAAAUAUAAAUGUUCUCUCUGUCUAUAAAAUACUUAAGAAAAAAAACAAAAAAGAAAAACUUACAACAUCUUUGGACCUUUAUCAAAAAUAUUGUAACAAUUUACAUCAAAUAAGUAAAGAGGAGCAGCUUAAUGAAAAAAUAAAAUCAACCUAUUUGCUAGUACAAAAGAAAAGAGGUGAUAAUUGUGAGAAAUUAGAUUUCUUAAAUUUUAAAAUAUAUAUUAAAAGUAAAAUAGAAAAAAUAGGACAGUAUAAAGGAACCCUUUACAUCUUAUGCGGGAUAUUGAUUACUCUUAUUAUAAAUACGAUAAUUUUGUUAUAUAUAAAUAUAAAUAACAUAAACAUGAAUGUUAUUUUGUCUGUCUUACCUGUAUACAGAUUAUUAUAUGUUUUGAAUUUUUUUUUCCUCUUCAUCUUUGGAGCCUUCCUGUUCAUGCAGUUUUAUGGUGUUAAUUUUACGUACAUUUUAGAUUUAAAUAAAAUAAUUAUUGACGAAUAUUACUACUUGAUAAAUUAUGUAAUUUUGAUUAUAUUUCUGACGACCUUAUCUUUAUUAAUAUUUUUGCUGGAUGUUUUAUUUCAGAUACACAUUUUUUCGAAUAUUGUUUUCCAUGUUUUUGUGCUUUUUAUAUUAUUAUUUUGUACAACUAUCUUUCCUUUUAAUUUUUAUAAAUAUAAGGAGACCAAUUUUGUUUUCUCAUCCCUAUUGAGAGUGUUACUAAGCGGUUUAUUUUUAGUAAAUAAUGUAAACCUACUGGAUAACAUUAUUGGAGAUAUUUUAACAAGUUUGUCUAAAACAUUUUCAGAUGUUCAAUAUUUUUUAUGUUUCUUAUUAAAGGGAAUGAAAACAAAGGAACCAGCAAAAUGUCCAAUAUUGGAAACUUAUAUUAAUCCUAUAUUUUUAGCAUUACCCUUUUAUUUGAGAUUGUGCCAGUGUUUGAUCAGAUUUAAUAAUGAAAGGGAAAAGGUGCAUAUUUAUAAUAUGCUGAAAUAUUUGUCUGGAAUAUUUAUAGUUAUAUGUACAUCCUUCAAUUGGUCCUAUUUCGGUUUCGAUAUAUAUACGAGUAAAUUAAUUUUAGUUUGUUCUUAUGUUAUUGGAUCAACUUAUAUGUACAUAUGGGAUUUAUAUUGUGAUUGGGGAUUAUUGAAAGAAUAUAAUCAUUUGUUAAGGAAGAAUAAUAAUAUAAUGUACCCACCUCAUUAUUAUUACUUCGCAGGACUUUUAAAUUUGAUCUUCAGAUUGACAUGGGCUAUUACCAUUAUGCCAAUAAAUAUCUUUGAAAAUAAGGAAAUUAACUCCUUUUUAAUAACAUUUUUUUUGAUGUUCAUUGAAGUCUUAAGACGAUCAAUAUGGAUGUGCUUUAGACUUGAAAAUGAACAUGUUACCAAUGCGUCCAGAUACCGGGCCAUAUUAUGGGUACCAAGAUUGACAAAGAAGAAAAAGUUUUAA